UUGCGAGGACGACAAGCAGUCAGGCACCAUCAGCACAAUUGCCCAUCUUGUCAACGCUGGCGAGCUCAACCGACAGUCCCAAGGAUGGCAGAUCUGCCACCACAACGCCUCAGACUUCUCUGUCCACCCUUCCAUUCAACAGGUGUGGAUUGUUUUGGACCUUAUCUGGUCAAAGUGGGCAGAAGAUCAGAGAAACGGUGGGGUGUCAUUUUUAAGUGUCUUACAACUCGAGCAGUUCACAUCGAACUCCUCAACUCCAUGGAUGCCGAUGCAUUCCUUCUCGCUCUACGUCGGUUCAUUGCCAGGAGGGGAAGACCAAGAGAGGUACUGUCAGAUUGUGGGACCAACUUCCGAGGAGCCGAAAGAGAACUCAGGACAGUGUUUGCAGAGAUGGAACCUCAACUAAGAGAGCAACGGACAGAAUAUCAGAUUGACUUCAAAUUUAACCCUCCAAAUGCACCUCAUUUUGGUGGGGCAUGGGAACGGGAAAUUAGAUCCAUCAAGGCCAGUCUCCAAGUCGCAGUAGGAGGGCAGUCAGUCACAGAAGAUGUCUUGCACACAACUCUAGUGGAAGUGGAGGGGAUACUGAACUCAAAUCCACUAGGGUACGUAUCAUCUGAUGUUUCUGAUCUGGACCCAAUCACCCCAAACAUCCUUCUCAUGGGGCGGCGGGAUUCUGCACUGCCGCAAGUAGUUUACGUCCCAGCUGUCAUGGGGCGGCGGAGAUGGCGCCAUUGUCAAACACUUGUGGAUCAGUUUUGGAUCCACUUCAUCCGCAGUUAUCUACCCACUUUGCAGACCAGGUCAAAAUGGCAGAGGUCGUCCGAAAACAUAACCAUCAACACUGUAGUUCUGAUGGUGGACCCUUCACUUCCAAGAGCACAGUGGCCCAUCGGCAGAGUGGUUAAGACCAUUCCGAGUCAAGAUGGACAGGUCAGGGCUGCUGAGGUUAUGGUCAAGAGUAAAGUCUACAUCAGACCGGUAGCUCGCUUGAUCCCACUUCCAAGUUUAGAGGAUGACAGUAAGGACACUUGAAGAAUUCCUGUAGUUACACAUUUGUUGUACAAAUGUGGGGGCGGCUGUUAAGAAUUCUCCAUGUUUAUCUAUGUUUUCAGAUACUUUAUUUUGAAGCAUUUCUUGACAGUGUCACUUCCGCUUCCUUCCUGUAGGGGUCACUUCCGCUUCCCUUUUGACGUGUGUUAAUGUGUGCUGACUUGUUUCUCUGCUACGUUAAAUCGGUGCUCUAGUCUUUGACGAUAUACUAACUAACUAAAGAAAUGAACCUAAACCAAUAUGCACCAUUAAAGUUGGAAGAGUCCAAAUGAUGACUGUGUGUUCUCUGACCGGAACCCCAACGUGGUCAAUAUCCGAAAAAACCCAGUCGCAGAGUUUAAUACU